UAAACUGCUUUACUUUCACUUUUCUUCCCUUUUCUUUUCUUCUUCCACAACUUCAAUCGAAAUCCAGGCCCAGCCAUGAAGCUCGUUUGGUGCCCGGACACGGCCGUAAAGGCCUACAUCGCUGCCGUCAACGCCCUCUCCGGCCGACGCCUCGACGACACCAGCGUGGCUGAGCUCGUGGCCGCCAUGGCCGGCGGCUGGGGAGCCCAGCUCGUCGUCGAGGCCUGGGCUCACGACGCCGGCCCGGCUACUUCCCUAGCUCUCCACGCCGCCGUCCAGCACACCGGGGGCCGGCACGUCUGCGUGGUCCCCACCCAGGAGGUGGCGGCGCAGUACGACGCCGCGGCGGAGGUGCUGGUGGGGGACGCGGGGGAGGCGAUGGCGGCGAUGGAGGGGGUGGACCUGGUGGUGGUGGACUGCCGGAGGCGGGACGCCGGGAUGGUGAUGCGGGCGGCGCGCCCGGGCGCGAGGGGGAUGGUGAUGGUCUGCGAGGGCGCCGCCGGCGUCCGGAAGCGCUGCGGCGCCGCUGGGGUGCUGGCCGCCGGCACGAGGUUGGUGCGGCGGACGUACCUUCCGAUCGGGAGCGGCGUUGAGGUGCUCCACGUGGGCGUCGGAAAGGGGCCAAGCUUAGGCGGCCGUGGCCGGUGGAUUCGCCACGUUGACCACGAUACCAAGGAGGAGCACGUGUUCCGGCGCCGUUGAUCCCUUCCAAUUUUGACAACAUCGUCCCAUAAAUUUGUCUAAUUCUAAACUUUUGGCAUGUACAAAUAUAAUUAAGCAAGUUGGAGAAGUUUGUAACGGACAAGUCUGUACAUUAUUCAGCUAAUCACUUU